CCCUGGCGCUCUCGCAGGCCCGUAGGCCCAACAGGUCGAGGAUGUCCACCGAGCCGGGGCACCCAGCAGACACGGCGUCCGAUGCGCCGGCCAAAGGGCCGACCAUGGCUGCCGGCAUCAACCAGCCGGCCUGGUACAUGCAGGUGCACAUCAACCGCCGGCCGCUCAACGAAUGUCUCCUGGUCUCGCCCUUUCACCCGGAGGCACUGGCCGAGGCCGAAGCCGCCGGCGACGUUGACCCCGUCUGCCUGCUGAAGGGCCGGCCGUUUGUGUGGCUCCGCGACAACACCAUCGUCACGGCCAAGUACAACCCCUUCAACUUCCUGCCGAAGUUCCUCUUCGAGCAGUUCCAGCGCGUGGCCAACUUCUACUUCCUCUGCAUCUCGGCCAUCCAGAUGUCAUCCACUCGCCUGGCCCCCACCGGACGCUUCUACACCUUCGUGCCGCUGGUGAUCAUCCUCAUCCUGACCGGCAUCAAGGAACUGAUCUUCGACAUCCGGCGCCGGCGCCAGGACAUCCUGACCAACCGGCAAAAGACCCAAGUUCUGCGGCCCUACGUGGCCAGGGUCAAGGCGCGGAAUUGGUUCACAUCCAUCUUCAGCCUUGGCACCGGGACCGACUUCAUGUCGGACUAUUACCACCUUGAGCAUGUGGAAGAGGAGCUCCGGGAGAUCCGGUGGAGUGAGCUCCGCAGUGGCGACAUUGUCAUGCUGCGUGAUGGGGACCCGGCCCCGGCGGACUUGUUCCUCAUCUCCUCGACUGCCGACGAUGGGCUUUGCCACAUUGAGACCUCGCAGCUUGACGGCGAGACCAACCUCAAAACGCGCCAGGCCCUGCCGGUGACCAAUGCCUUCCAGACCGUGGAGCAGGUCCGCACCAUGGCCGCUGCCAUCGAGUACGAGGCGCCCAACCGGUCACUCUACAGCUUCGAGGGGACUCUGCAGCUGGCCGACGGCCGGUCCUUCCCGGUGGGGCCCAACCAGAUGAUCCUUCGCGGGACGCGCCUGCGCAAUACGACCGCCAUCUUCGGGGUGGUCCUCUACACCGGGCACCAGACCAAGCUCAUGCUCAAUGCCGAGGCCCUGCCGCCGAAGAAGUCCCUCCUGGAGAAGACCGUCAACCGGCAGAUCGCCUUCAUCUUCGGCCUGCUGAUUCUCAUGUCCAUCAUCUGCCUGAUUUGCUACAUCAACUGGAAUCGCAAGCACCUUCGGCCGGAUCCGGUGACCGGCGCCUUCGCCUGGUAUCUGGGCGUGACGAAGCGCGGCACGGCCAAGGACCUGGUGGCGCAGUUUGUCAGUUUCAUCAUCCUCUACAACACCAUCAUCCCGAUCAGUCUGUACAUCACCAUCGAGAUUGUCAAAAUCUACCAGGCAUUCUUCGUCAGCCGCGACCUGAAGCUCUUCCACGAGGCCACCGGCACGCCGACCGUGGCUCGGACGCCGAACAUCGGCGAGGCUCUCGGCCAGGUGGACUUCGUCUUCGCCGACAAGACUGGCACCCUGACACGCAACCACAUGCUCUUCCGCAAGUGCAGCAUCCUUGGCCGGUCGUAUGGGCUCGGCUUCACCGAGUCCUACCGGGCCAUGGAGCGUGCCCGGGGGUGCCUGCUGCCGGCCGACCCGGCUGAGAUGGCCGACCUGCAUGCCGAUUGGCGCUUCUACGACCCGCAGCUGCUGCAGGAUGUGUACGCCUCGGCGGCCGGGAUGAAGCUCGGGCCGCUGGUGUGUCCGGGGUCGCCGAUGCCGGAGCCCGGCACCAAAUUGCCCAUCACCCCGGCCACCUUCAUCCUGGCCAUGGCCCUGUGCCACACGACUCUGCCGAGCCAUCGGCGGUCGGCCGGCGACGACCAAACCUCCGGGGCGUCCACCCCGGGCAUCAUCUCGGCCGGAUGCGGGCUGGAGCAUGUCCAGUAUCAGGGGGCCUCGCCGGACGAGGUGGCCCUCGUGCAGGCGGCCAAUCUCCUGGGCGUGCGCUUCACCCGGCGCACACCGGAGCAUGUGGGCAUCCGCGUGCCGCGGGCACUGGUGGACGGCCGUUCGACCGACAUCGGCCCCCUGCCGAGCCCGGAGGACCCGGGCACCGACGAGGACACCUGGGUGACGCUGGACUUCGCCCUGCUGCAUGUGCUGGAGUUCGACGCCGAUCGCAAGCGCAUGAGCAUCAUCGUCCGUGAUGCGGCCGGCCGGGUGCUCAUCUUCUGCAAGGGGGCCGACAACACCAUGCUGGCCCGGCUUUCGGAGGAGAGUCGCCAAUCGUCGCUGACCGCCGCCACGGCCGGGCACCUGGAGGACUUCUCGCGCGAGGGCCUGCGCACGCUGUGCUAUGCCGUGGGCGAGAUUGACCCGGAGACAUAUGACGAUUGGCGCCGGCGGUACCAUCUGGCCUGCACGACGCUCGACCGCCGGUAUGAGGAGAUGGAGCUGUGCCAUGAGGAGGUCGAGCGCAACCUGACCCUCCUCGGGGCCACGGCCAUCGAGGACCAGCUGCAGGAGGGCGUGCCGGAGACCAUCCAGACCCUGCUGCAGUGCGGCAUCCGGGUGUGGAUGCUGACCGGCGACAAGCGCGAGACCGCCAUCAACAUUGGCAUGUGCUCGCAGCUGGUCCCGAAUCGCGGGCGCAUCUUGACCACGGACGCCGACACGCUGGAGGAUGUGACCGCCUGGCUGCGGGCCACCCUGUCCGAGCUGGGCAUGGACCCGGACAAGCCGCCCCGGCUGCGGGAUCCCCUCUGGCGGCAGGUGCUGCUGAUGGCGCGACCCCGUGCCGAGACGGUCAUCGAGGACCUGACCCUGGUGCUGGAGGGCUCGGCCCUGGCCCUGGCCCUGGCCGAUCCCACGGCCCGGGGGCUGCUGGUGCGCCUGGCACUGGUGUGCAAGUCGUGCGUCUUUUGCCGGGCCUCGCCCCUGCAGAAGGCCGAAGUGGUGUCCCUGGUCCGGGCGUCGACGCCCAUCCAGUGCACCACGCUGGCCAUCGGCGACGGGGCCAACGACAUCACCAUGAUCCAGACGGCCUGCGUGGGGAUCGGCAUCUCGGGCGCCGAGGGGAUGGCCGCCGCGCGCAGCGCCGACUAUUCCACGGCCCAGUUCCGCUUCCUCGCGCCGCUGCUCAUGGUCCACGGCCACCGGACCUACCGGCGCCUGAGCAAGGUCAUCCUCUACUCCCUGUACAAGACCAUGACCCUGUACAUGGUGAGCUUCUUCUUCACCUUUGACAAUGGCUUCAGUGGCCAGCUGGCCUGGGACCCGCUGUCCAAUGCCCUGUGGAAUGUCAUCUACACCUUCCUGCCGAUCAUCUUCGUGGGGGUCCUGGACCAGGACCUGCCGGACGCCUGGCUGGCCCGCGAUCCGGAGCUCUACCGCACCGGGCCGCGCAACGACUUCUUCAACUUGUGGUCCUUCCUCAAGUCCAUCGCCGGGGCCAUCACCAAUGCCCUGAUCAUCUACCAGAUCCUCCAGCAGUUUGUCUUCGGCAUGAACAUCCCGGGCGCCGAGGGGGGCGCCAUCCAGCGCGAUGGCCGGACCUUCGACCUGAUCUCCCGCGGGACGCAGCUCUACAUGACGGUCAUCGUCACCAUCUUCGUGAAGAUCUUCUUUGUGAACAGCUUCUGGACCAAGCGCGUGGCCGCCGGAACCUUCAUCCCGCUGGCCGUGUACUUCCUGAUCAUCGCCUUCCUGGGUCGACGCCUGAUCGAGAGCAACCCCGACUCCAUGAUCAUGUACGGGGUCAUGUCGCGCCUGGGCAAGGCCGGUGGCAUCUGGCUGCCGCUGGUGCUGGCCCUUGUGGUGAUGGCAUGCCACCUGGUGCAAUUGGUCGUGCGCUCGAGCCAGGUCAUGUUCCGGCCAUCCUACUACGACCAAACCAUCCGCGCGUAUCACCAGGCCCGCCGCGAGGAGGCCCGGUCCAAGGGCCCCGGGUGCUGCGGAAUGCGCCGGGGCCGUCGGGGCACCGGCGGCAGCCGCUCGGCCACCGGUGAUGGCGACCACACCGCCGGGGGCGAGGACAUCGAGAUGCACGGCGGGGUGGCCCCUCUGCCGCGGAGCGGCCCCGGCCGCGGCGAUGGGCCUGGCGAUUCGCUGGUGUCCGGCAGCGAGUCCGGGUCCUUCGGCCGGUCGACCACCGGCCAGAGCGCCAGCGAUGUCUCGCUCGGGGUCAGUGCCGGCGGCGUGACCCCGCCCUCCGGCAGCCUGCCCCACUUCCCGGAGGAAGUGUCCAAGGGCGGCGGCGGCGGCGGCGGCGGUGGCGGCGGCAAGGCCGAGGCGCUGGGCCUGGCGGCCUCCUCCUCCGGUGCUGGCGCCGGUGAGAGCACCGGAGGCGGCAGCAGCGCCGGCAGUAGCGACGUCAGCGGGCCGAGCAGCGCCGGGGCCAGUGCCAGCCCAGGCAGCGACACCGAGGAGGACACCGUGUAA